AUGCAAGCUCCAUUGUCUACAACCCGCGAACAGACGUUCGACGAAAUAUACGGCCCUCCUGAGAAUUUCUUGGAGAUUGAGGUUAAAAAUCCCCAAACCCAUGGCUUCGGCCGGAAAAUGUAUACCGACUAUGAAGUCGUCUGUCGAACCAACAUCCCCGCCUUUAAGCUAAAACAAUCCACCGUUCGCAGACGGUACUCCGACUUUGAACAUUUCCGCGAUAUCCUCGAACGAGAAUCGACAAGAGUCACCAUCCCCCCAUUACCCGGAAAAGUAUUCACCAAUAGAUUUUCGGACGAUGUGAUCGAACACCGACGGGAAGGGUUGCAGAGGUUUUUACAAAUUGUGGUGGGACAUCCGCUCUUGCAGACAGGUAGUAAGGUUUUGGCUAGUUUCGUUCAGGACCCUAGCUGGGACCGUUCGACAUACAUUUGA